AUGAUUGGCGACCCGAUAAGUUUGCUUAACAGUUGUCGACAACGGUCGGAGUUGCGAACGGCUGCCAACUUUCUGCUCAUCAUGGACGAGUGCUCGACUGCGUCGACUUCUUCAUUGCCGCUGCGGAUGCAAAGCGCAGCCGAAUUGCUCAAGGAGUGCAUCGAUCAGGAAGAGUGGGUGCUUGCACAGCACGUGGUGUGGGACUAUCUUGUUCAUGGUGAGUACGAGCGCGUGGUUUCGUGCGUUGAAGACCUCCAGGCAAAGCUUCCCCACAAGUCUCCAGAUGAGCGCCAAUUAGACGAAGAUAGCGCUGCUAUUAUGGACCGACUCAAUCAGAUCUUCGUCCAAAACAACAAGCAGAGACAGCUUAGGACCUUACUGCACGCAGUGACAGAGGCUCACUAUGAUGACGGGCUACAAUCCACUGCACUUUGUUUGAGUGAGAGCAAAGUUGGUUGUUGUGAUUAG